AAAGAAAAAAAAAAAAAAGAAUUCGUCUACAGUAGCGAGAAAAACAAAUUAAAGAAGCAAAGCACAAAAUAAAAAAUAGAAUUUGGAACAAAAAAGCCUUUCUUUUCCUACAAGAAAACCGAUAAAAUUACCCUAUUUAAUAACCCCCAAUCUCCCAGAUCUCCCCCACCACUUCCCCAUUUCCACAGAAAUUCCGAUUGUUUUCUCUUCUUUUUUCCCGAUUUCAAUUCCGGCGAACUGUACCGGUUAAUCGAUUCAUCCAGUCAUGAGUAACCAAGCUGAAUCGUCCGAUUCGAAAGGUACGAAGAGGGACUUUAGUACGGCGAUAUUAGAGAGGAAGAAGUCCCCUAAUCGCCUCGUGGUGGAUGAGGCAAUUAACGAUGACAAUUCAGUUGUCGCUAUGCACCCAAAUACUAUGGAAAAGCUCAACCUUUUCCGUGGAGACACCAUCUUGAUUAAGGGAAAGAAAAGGAAAGACACUAUUUGCAUAGCCCUUGCUGAUGAAACUUGUGAGGAACCAAAAAUUAGGAUGAACAAGGUUGUCCGAGCUAACCUUAGGGUUAGGCUUGGAGAUGUUGUUUCAGUACACCAGUGUCCUGAUGUCAAGUAUGGGAAGCGUGUCCACAUCCUUCCCAUUGAUGACACUAUUGAGGGGGUUACCGGAAACCUUUUCGAUGCCUAUCUGAAACCCUAUUUCUUGGAGGCAUACCGUCCCAUCAGGAAGGGUGACCUUUUCCUUGUAAGGGGAGGAAUGAGAAGUGUAGAAUUCAAGGUGAUAGAAACCGACCCUGCUGAAUAUUGUGUGGUUGCCCCUGAUACAGAGAUCUUCUGCGAGGGAGAGCCAGUGCGGAGGGAGGAUGAAGAUCGUUUGGAUGAGGUUGGUUAUGAUGAUGUCGGAGGAGUUCGUAAGCAAAUGGCCCAAAUUCGUGAACUGGUGGAGUUGCCUUUGAGACACCCCCAGCUCUUUAAAUCAAUUGGUGUGAAGCCUCCAAAAGGAAUCUUGCUCUAUGGUCCUCCAGGUUCAGGAAAGACCUUAAUUGCCAGAGCUGUGGCUAAUGAGACUGGUGCUUUCUUCUUCUGUAUCAAUGGACCAGAAAUCAUGUCAAAACUGGCAGGAGAAAGUGAAAGUAAUCUUAGGAAAGCAUUUGAGGAAGCUGAAAAGAAUGCACCAUCCAUCAUUUUUAUUGAUGAGAUUGAUUCCAUUGCUCCCAAGCGUGAGAAGACAAAUGGGGAAGUCGAGAGAAGAAUAGUCUCUCAACUUUUGACUCUUAUGGAUGGACUCAAGUCCCGUGCUCAUGUUAUUGUUAUUGGUGCUACAAAUCGUCCCAACAGCAUUGACCCUGCCCUCAGAAGGUUUGGGAGAUUUGAUAGAGAAAUAGACAUUGGUGUUCCAGAUGAAGUUGGUCGUCUUGAGGUUCUUAGAAUCCACACGAAGAACAUGAAACUUGCUGAAGAUGUGGAUUUGGAAAGAAUUUCCAAGGACACACAUGGUUAUGUGGGGGCUGACUUGGCAGCUUUGUGCACUGAGGCUGCUCUCCAGUGCAUUAGGGAGAAGAUGGAUGUGAUAGAUUUGGAGGAUGAUUCUAUUGAUGCAGAGAUACUCAACUCCAUGGCGGUUACCAAUGAGCACUUUCAGACUGCUCUUGGGACAAGCAACCCCUCUGCCCUGCGUGAAACGGUAAGAGUAAUGUUCCAUUUGGUAAUGAGAGAUUUGGUAAUAGUCAGUGGUUGCAAGUGGCUAACUAAUUUCCCAUUGGAGAUCAGGUGGUUGAAGUUCCAAACGUCAGCUGGGAGGAUAUUGGUGGCCUUGAGAAUGUCAAGAGAGAACUUCAGGAGACUGUCCAAUACCCAGUCGAACAUCCUGAGAAGUUUGAGAAGUUUGGCAUGUCCCCUUCCAAAGGAGUUCUCUUCUAUGGACCACCUGGAUGUGGUAAGACUUUGCUUGCCAAGGCCAUCGCCAAUGAGUGUCAAGCCAACUUUAUCAGUGUCAAGGGACCUGAGUUGCUUACCAUGUGGUUUGGAGAGAGUGAGGCCAAUGUCAGGGAGAUUUUUGACAAGGCUCGGCAAUCCGCUCCUUGUGUCCUUUUCUUUGAUGAAUUAGAUUCAAUUGCUACUCAGAGAGGAAGUAGUGUAGGUGAUGCUGGAGGUGCUGCUGAUAGAGUAUUGAACCAACUUCUUACUGAAAUGGAUGGAAUGAAUGCAAAGAAAACUGUUUUCAUCAUUGGCGCCACAAACAGACCAGACAUCAUUGAUCCUGCGCUUCUGAGGCCUGGGAGACUUGAUCAGUUGAUUUACAUUCCCCUCCCUGAUGAGGAUUCUCGUCACCAGAUUUUCAAGGCAUGCCUUAGGAAAUCUCCUGUUUCUAAGGAUGUGGACUUGAGAGCUCUAGCCAAGUACACCCAGGGCUUCAGUGGAGCUGAUAUUACAGAGAUAUGCCAACGGGCCUGCAAAUAUGCUAUUAGAGAGAAUAUUGAGAAAGUAAGUGCAUUGUAUUUAUUCGUUUCUUGUGGUUUGUAGAAUUCCUCUCUCCUCUUCUGGACAUGAACUGAUAUGUUGUUUCUGGUGCUCAACAGGAUCUUGAAAGAGAGAGGAGGAGAAGAGAUAAUCCAGAGGCGAUGGAGGAGGAUGUUGAAGAUGAGGUUGCUGAGAUCAAGGCUGCUCACUUCGAGGAGUCAAUGAAGUUUGCCCGUAGGAGUGUGAGUGAUGCCGACAUACGGAAGUAUCAGGCAUUUGCCCAAACUCUGCAGCAGUCUAGAGGAUUUGGCUCUGAAUUCCGAUUUGAAACUAGCACCACUGGGGCUGCAGCUGCUGAUCCGUUUGCAUCCUCCGCGGGUGGAGCCGAUGAAGAUGACCUUUAUAGUUAGGUUGUCAUCAGUACCCCUAUUUAUUCUUGGCAUGUUGAAUGAUAAGUUAAAAGUACUAUUGUAUCUUAUUGACAUUAAUUUGGUGUACAAUGGGGGCUAAGGAAGCUUUACAUGGGAUAAUUUAUUUAGCAGCUAAUCACUUUGAUUAGGCUUUUGCUAAACCAUUUAUUGUCUUUGACUGGUUGAUAUCAGACAGUUUCCAUUGUACUCUCUUAUCUCGUUAACAUUUGGAACAUGGAGAUACAAUAGUCAUAUUUUAAGUUAUAACUGUGCACCUUGGUCUUUAUCUAUGUUGUUGGAUGGAUAUAGGUUAAAGUGAUAUGUUUCAUGGACGUGAACGAAUUACUGGGGAAACAAAACAGCCAGCGUUUUUCUGAAAAACGGGAACUGCAUGCAGUUGUAGGGUUGGCUUUCUGUGGAUUUUGCUUUCUAACGAAGGAAGAAAAUGGAGAACACCAUAGUUUCUGUGUCAGGCUUCUGCGCUAUCCUUUCUGUCCGCUUGGAGUUAAAUAUCCAUCUCUCUGUGGUCUCUCCCUUGUAGAUAUAAUGGUCAAAAUUGGACCCAAAAAAUGCCUUUGGUAUAUUAUUGUCGUCCGAGGUAUUUGGGUUGUUGGGGAAGUGCAUCGUGGUGGGUAGGCCUGACUUCAGCAAUGGAGUUCUGUCAGUUUUGGGAUGGGAUUAAUGCAAAAUGAUGCUUGGCUGGACGACAUUAUCGCAGAUUAUCUUCAUCUAGGUCUUCAGAGACUUAGCAGAUAUUCACAUGGGGAUAAAGAACGAUCGAUCAUUCCAGAGGCUGGGCCAUCUUUUGUCUUAAAGACUCUCAUUAAAACCUAAACCUGCAGCGGGAGCUUCUUCGCACCAAAAAAAUUUAAGAUUUCUGCAGAUAGUCCUUGUGUGUUUUUUUUUUCAAGUUCACACUUAAUUCAGCCAUCAUACCACUAGUUUCUAACUUGAACCCCGU